GGUGACCAUGGAGUGACCACUGCCCGCUCCCCUGUCCCCAGCUCGGUGGCCGAGCAGCUCAAGCGCGGUGAGACGGUGCAGGCCGAGGCGUUUGACAGCGUCACCAUCUACUUCAGCGACAUCGUGGGCUUCACGGCGCUGUCGGCGCAGAGCACCCCCAUGCAGGUGGUGACGCUGCUCAACGACCUCUACACCUGCUUCGACGCCAUCAUCGACAACUUCGACGUCUACAAGGUGGAGACCAUCGGGGACGCCUACAUGGUGGUGUCGGGGCUGCCCGAGCGCAACGGGACCCGGCACGCGCGGGAGGUGGCGCGGAUGGCGCUGGCGCUGCUGGAGGCCGUGCGCUCCUUCCGCAUCCGGCACCGGCCCCAGGAGCGGCUGGAGCUGCGCAUCGGGAUCCACACUGGUGGGAUUUGGGGUCGGGAAUGGGAUUGG